GCAUAUGCAAUUGAUUGAUAGAUAGAUAACAAUAACACCAUCAACAGCAAAAGGAAAAGAAAAGAUUUGGAGAUUAAAUUGAAAAUUAAAUAAAAGGGUCGACGUUAUCCACCACGGCUUGCACGUCAGUAAUACCCACACACACAUAAAUAUAUAUCCUUUUUAAAUUUUAAAAAUACAACUGGAAUCUCUUCACAUAUCCAUUAUAUAAAUGGAAGAUGUGUAUCUGUAAAUGGAACAACAACACAAACCUUAACGAAAGAACUUUCUUGUUCUGUUCCUUAUCCUGUUUCAAGAAUCCUUUUUCUUCUUGUGUUUAAUAUUCAUUUCAAAGAUGAAUCUUCAUUUAUCAUCAUUAUGUUCAUUACCUUCCAUGUGUUCUUCAUCUGGUUUAACAGAUGAUGAUGAUGCUUCUUCUUCAUCUUCUUCAAAUGGACCUUUUGAAGAUCUCUCUGACCUAAUGUCACACCUCCCUAUCAAGAGGGGAUUGUCAAAGUUUUAUGAAGGAAAAUCUCAAUCAUUCACAUCACUAGCAAAUGUUAAAAGCCUUGAAGAUCUUACGAAGACAAGUCUUAAAAAUAGAAACUAUGGAGCAAGAAGAAAGGUAAGGAGCACUGGAGGAAUGAUAGAUCAAAACUACAAAAUGGUGUACAGCCCUAAAGCUACAAUCUCCAAGAAAGUCACAAGAACACCUUCCUCUGCUCUCUCUUGUCUAGCCAGAAGAAGACUUUAGAUUUCACAGAAACAUUAGUCUUUUUUUACCAACUCAGUUUCAGUAACAUAACCAAAACAAAAAUAAACAUUUCCACCUUAAUACUAAGCCUGUAAGAAAGAUUCAAAUGUCUUAAUUGUAUAGAAAAGUUAAAUAGACUUGUCUGCACCCCUUUUUGGCCUUUAGGUCGUUUUGUUGUAUGUAUCAAAACUUCUAAACCGGGGUGGUUCCGAGAAGGUGGAAGCAUUUCCUCAUAACUUUUGGUUGUUGCUUCACAUUGUAAGAGACGGCAUGCCUCUUAACCGGAGAAAGUUUUUCAUACUGGAAACAUAUUUAGUCUAAGUGAAGAAGAUCAGAUCAUCAGCGUUGAGUUGAAUUUCGUUUCAAAUCAGCAUACCUUCAAAGAACCUCACUAUAUCACACCAUUUUGCAGCCUUGAUUCCAAAGUUUUCACAAAACAGAAGAUACAAAGGAUGAAUAAUCAGACACUUAGUUUACAGAACCAUAUCCAAAUGCCUCGGCUGAUUGGUGCAGCAGCUCUUCAGGAGUCCUUUUUUUACCUGCACGGAGUUAAACUCAAGGUUGAGUGAACGGUUCAAGAGUCUCCUAAAUGUGUAAAUGAUGCUGGUAAACAGAAAUUAAUCAAUGUUACCACGCUCAGUCAGGAUACCAUUACCGCGGAGCUCAGCCUCAUCAAACAACUCAACUAAAAGGACAACUUCUGAAUCCCGAGUUCUAUAUGGGAAACGUUGAUUUCAGAGACGCUUCAAAGAGCUUAGAAACUUUCCAUUUAAAGUUUCCAGUGGUCUCAUCCUCCGGUCACAAAACCACAACAUACAAAAGAGAGAUAUAAGAUAUAUCCAAAUAGCGACUUACAGGCAGGACGGUCCUAACCGCCAAGUGAAACAUUAGUCUAUGGCGCGAAGAAAUAAUUUAUAUAGAUAUAUACCUCCAAUAAAGAAAAGUUAUUUUUUUAAAAAAUUAUAAAUAAUUUAUAUAGAUAUAUACCACCAAUAAAGAAAAGUUAUUUUUAAAAAAAAAAUUAUAAUUUUUAAAAAAUUAGUCUACUAUAGCCCCUAAACCUCUGGGCUGACCUGCUUAAAGAGCUUCCAUGGCUGAUGUUUAAUGUAUCUUGGUUGCCAUCUGCAACCGGUGGUACUCUCAAUUUGACAAUUAUAGGUUACGGGAAGAACUGUACUAACUCUAGCAACUUCCCAACAAGCAAGAGAUGAGACAGUUAAUUGUUAUUUCAGUUGUUUCAAUCAGUAACUUCUGAGACAAGUAAACACCAAAGAAACUUAUGACACAAGCACAAUCAUAACAUCAUCGAGAAAUCAGAAGCACAACUUGCGCUUAUAUUGUCAUAUGCUGAUAUAACAACAAUCUUAUCCUAAUUCCUAAGUAACCUAGGUGGUGACGUGACGGUAUUUCUAAUCUAAGGCUCACACUUCUCGAUGAAAACUUCUGGCAACUAAAGAAGAGUCCAUUCUUUUUGUCGAAGUCGGGUUAAGACGAAGCAAAAGAAAUCGAGAGGAAAAGAAAAUCCUUCAUGAAUUCAUAGGUAUCAAUUGUAGUAAUCAAUUGUAGUAAAUAAAGAUGAAAGACUGUUUUUAUUGAAUCGGAUGACUGAUUACAGAGAGAAACUGAUCACCAUCACUCAUGAAUUC